UGUCUAUUUCGCGCGAAAAUGUGUUGCAUGUUCGGGUUAUAGCGACUUUGAGCAAGCCUUCAUAUAUACUUCGGUAGCUCACGCUGCUGAGUUGAAAUUUAUUUAUCGUUUGGCCAGUCGUCUUUCCUGGCUAGAAGAGAAUUGUGAGGUUCUAGAUUGACAUCAUUAUGUCUCAGGCGCGGGUUACCGAUUUCUACGUCAAGAGAAAGAAAGAUGCUAGUGGGGCUGCGCUUGGUGACGGCAAUAAAACGCAAGUUGUGGACACUGUAACAAGUAAGCCAUGCACAAGAUCAACUCGGUCGAAAAGCAAGAAUGCGGCACCUACAACAAAGGUUAUGAUAAAGAAUUCCAAAUCAACAUGUUCUGAAAACAGUGUACAAGAUGAGUUUUGGAGGGUUAUUGAUGAGGCGACUUCGGUCGAUGAGGUGGAGAGCGUGUCUGCUGUGCUGGCGAGGACCGACUCGGAAAAACAAACACUUCUCUCCAGCCCUCGUACUCCCAAGAGGACCUCUACAGAAGCUGAAUUCGAUCUUGGAUCAGCUGUAUUUUCAACCACUGCUGAACAUAGCACAGCAAAGAAGCGUCUUCGGAUCGAGGCAAAUAAACACGCCAUCGCUGUAGGGACAAGUCCUGAGCCGGUUAAAGCUGUAAAGAAUUCGGUCAGGAAGAAAUUGAUUCUCGUCAAAGACGACGAACAGGCAACCCACUCUCUGGCUAAAGAUGUCCCGCAGGUACCCUAUCCACUACCUGUUGAUAAAGAAUCAAAGAAUUUUGUCAAUCGCAGUGCCAACAAUUCUCCAACGCACAAACCACAUGUUCAGGGCAGCACAAAACCAAAAGAGGGGCACAAGACUUUCUCCAAAGAGGAUGUUGCGGCCCUCAAGUUCCGCCUUAAGAAGAUACAGGGCCAGACACGGAAAGCUGAGAACCUGCCCUUUACGCCCCCCGAGUCUACUGCCCCAGACCUGAAGACAAGGCUAGCCUGUGUCAAAGAGCUUGCUGCUAAGGCGAAACACCGAAAGGAGGAGAGGUUGGCAGAGGCCAGAUCUACUGAAGAAAAUAAUCGGCCGCAAACCGAGGAUGGAGAUAAGCUCCCAGCCUAUCAGCGGUACCAUACUCUUGCCCAGGAUGUUCCCCCUGGCCUCACCCUGCCCUUCAAGUACAAACUGCUUGCUGGAAUGUUCCGUAGCAUGGACACUAUAGUGGGAAUGCUCUUCAACCGCUCAGAGACUGUUACCUUUGCCAAAGUGAAGCAGGGUGUCCAGGACAUGAUGCACAAGCGUUUUGAGGAGACCCAUGUGGGCCAGAUUAAGACCGUCUAUCCUACGGCCUACCAUUUCCGCCAGGAGAGAAACAUUCCUACCUUCAGUGCUACAGUGAGGAAGUCGAGCUACCAGCUCACAGUGGAGCCUGUCAUUGAAGCUGAUAAGAGCAAGGCAGUGCUGGCUGCUUCCCGCCUGUUAGAGAGGAGACGUAUCUUCCACCAAAACCUAAUCAGCAUUGUGAAAGGGCAUCACAAAGCAUUCCUUGCCAAGUUGAAUCCUCCUAUUAGAGUCCCAGAUGACAAGCUUACCCGCUGGCACCCUCGCUUCAAUGUGGAUGAGGUGCCCAAUGUCCUGCCCAGUGAUCUGCCCCAGCCCCCACAGGAAGCUGAGAAGCUAACCACUGCCCAGGAGGUUCUGGACAAGGCCCGCUCCAUGAUGACCCCUAAGAUGGAGAAAGCGCUGGCCAACAUGGCUCUGAAGACUGCAGAGAUGGUCUGUGUAAAAGAGCAAGAGCCUGUUCCACAAACUCAUGUGGCUCCUGCUGAAACUCACAGUGCCCUCAAAGGGGUGUCUCAGUCCCUGCUGGAGAGGAUCCGAGCAAAGGAGGCUCAGAAGCUCCAAGCUGCCAUGACCCGGAACCCUCAACAGGAGGAGCGCCUUGUGAUGAUGUCACGACUGGGAGAGCUGGCUCGGAUCCUGCGUAACGUCUUUGUGGCAGAGAAGAAACCUGCACUGAUCAUGGAGGUGGCCUGUAACCGGAUGGUCUCUAGUUACCGCUCUGCCCUGAGCACAGGUGAUAUGGAGCGGCACCUUCGUCUGCUGGCAGAACUGACUCCUGAAUGGCUUACCAUUCACACAAUUAGAAAGGACUUCUAUCUCAAGUUGAUCAAGACCAUGGACCUGAAUGUGGUACUGGAGAAACUGAAGCAGAAGACCAAAGAGGAAGAAAGGCUAUGAAGCUGCUAUGAUUUUCAAUGUGUAAUUUGAGUGUGACUUAAGUCUUUUAGUGAUUGGACAAUGCAGGGCUGGUUUGUUUACCUUUUUUUUUUUUAAGCAAGUUAAACUAACUCAAUAAGUGUGCAUAUUUUUUAAUGUGUAUGGAUAAAUGCUGUGUUCAAUGACACUGACUCAUUUUGUGGGUGGUGUUACAGUUGGAGACUUUUCUUGUUGAUUAGGUAGUAUUCUGACACCGUUGUCCUAGUUUUGUAAUAAACUUUCUCGUUCAUGGACAGGUUUAAUAUACUUGCCAUGUGUUUAAUCCUUUUAUAUAUUUUUUAAAGCUGUAUUACAUAUACACUAGCAUUUGAGUAAAAAUGUCUUUACCCUUGACAAA